GGUGCCCGCCCGCCCGUCAGCGCGUCCGUCCGCCCGCGCGUCUCUCUGUCCUGGAGUCCGCCGAUCGCGCCCCAGAGCGCGCACCGCUGAGAGCCGGGAGGCCGGGGCGCAGCGCGGAGCUCCGGCCCUUGAGAUCCCCGGACUGGGCCCGGGCCGCAGUGGCCAGGGGCCGGGGCUGCCACCGCAGGGCCUAGGCUCCGUAUCUGCAGCGGCAGAGGCCGCGCGCCCUUCCCGGGGCCGUCUCCAGGGUCCUCCCGGGCGGGGGCUGCAGCCGGCUGGCCGCGGGCGUGGAAGAGAAGGACGCGCGGCCCCCAGCGCCUCUCGGGUGGCCGCCUCAGAGCAUGACCCCCGCGGGCGGGCGCCGCGCGCUCUGAUCCGCGGGGACCCCUCGCUCCCGCAGCCAUGGGCGCCGGGGGCCGGUGGGGGGCGGCGGCCGCGCCGCUGCUGGUGGCCCUGGCCGCGCUGUUGGUGGGCGCCGCGGGCCACCUGUACACCGGAGAGGUGUGUCCCGGCAUGGAUAUCCGGAACAACCUCACCAGGUUGCACGAGUUGGAGAACUGCUCUGUCAUCGAAGGACAUUUGCAGAUACUCUUGAUGUUCAAGACGAGGCCCGAAGAUUUCCGAGACCUCAGUUUCCCCAAACUCAUCAUGAUCACUGAUUACUUGCUGCUCUUCCGGGUCUACGGGCUGGAGAGCCUGAAGGACCUGUUCCCCAACCUCACGGUUAUCCGGGGCUCACGCCUCUUCUUUAACUACGCGCUGGUCAUCUUCGAGAUGGUUCACCUGAAAGAGCUCGGUCUGUACAACCUGAUGAACAUAACCCGGGGUUCUGUCCGCAUCGAGAAAAACAACGAGCUCUGCUACUUGGCCACGAUCGACUGGUCCCGUAUCCUGGAUUCGGUGGAGGAUAAUUACAUCGUGUUGAACAAAGAUGACAACGAAGAGUGUGGGGACAUCUGUCCGGGGACUGCCAAGGGCAAGACCAACUGCCCUGCCACCGUCAUCAAUGGGCAGUUUGUGGAACGGUGUUGGACUCACAGUCAUUGCCAGAAAGUUUGCCCAACCAUCUGUAAGUCACACGGCUGUACCGCCGAAGGCCUUUGCUGUCACAGCGAGUGCCUGGGCAACUGUUCCGAGCCCGACGACCCCACCAAGUGUGUGGCCUGCCGCAACUUCUACCUGGAUGGCAGGUGCGUGGAGACCUGCCCGCCUCCAUACUACCACUUCCAGGACUGGCGCUGUGUGAACUUCAGCUUCUGCCAGGACCUGCACAACAAAUGCAAGAACUCACGAAGGCAGGGCUGCCACCAGUAUGUCAUUCACAACAACAAGUGCAUUCCGGAGUGUCCCUCUGGAUACACGAUGAAUUCCAGCAACUUGGUGUGCACACCAUGCCUGGGCCCCUGUCCCAAGGUCUGCCACAUUCUCGAAGGUGAGAAGACCAUCGACUCAGUGACAUCUGCCCAGGAGCUCCGAGGAUGCACCGUUGUCAACGGGAGUCUUAUCAUCAACAUCCGAGGGGGCAACAACCUAGCAGCUGAAUUAGAAGCCAACCUCGGCCUCAUUGAGGAAAUUUCAGGGUAUCUAAAAAUCCGUCGAUCCUACGCGCUGGUGUCACUUUCCUUCUUCCGGAAGUUACGUCUGAUUCGAGGAGAGACCUUGGAAAUGGGGAGCUACUCCUUCUACGCUUUGGACAACCAGAACUUAAGGCAGCUCUGGGACUGGAGCAAACACAACCUCACCAUCACUCAGGGCAAGCUGUUCUUCCACUAUAAUCCCAAACUCUGUUUGUCAGAAAUUCACAAGAUGGAAGAAGUCUCAGGAACCAAGGGGCGCCAGGAGAGGAAUGACAUCGCCCUGAAGACCAAUGGGGACCAGGCAUCCUGUGAAAAUGAAUUACUUAAAUUUUCUUACAUUCGGACAUCUUUUGACAAGAUCUUGCUGAAAUGGGAGCCAUACUGGCCCCCCGACUUCCGAGACCUCUUGGGCUUCAUGCUGUUCUACAAAGAGGCCCCUUAUCAGAAUGUGACAGAGUUCGAUGGGCAGGAUGCGUGUGGCUCCAACAGCUGGACAGUAGUGGACGUUGACCCGCCCCUAAGGUCCAAUGACCCCAAGCUGCAGAACCACCCUGGGUGGCUGAUGCGUGGUCUCAAGCCCUGGACUCAGUAUGCCAUCUUUGUCAAGACCUUGGUCACCUUCUCGGAUGAACGCCGGACUUACGGGGCCAAGAGCGACAUCAUUUAUGUCCAGACAAAUGCCACCAACCCAUCCGUCCCCCUGGACCCGAUCUCGGUUUCUAAUUCCUCGUCCCAGAUUCUUCUGAAGUGGAAGCCCCCCUCCGACCCCAACGGCAACAUCACGCACUACCUGGUUUUCUGGGAGAGGCAGGCAGAGGACAGCGAGCUGUUCCAGCUGGAUUAUUGCCUCAAAGGGCUGAAGCUGCCCUCUCGGACGUGGUCUCCCCCGUUUGAGUCUGAGGACUCUCAGAAACACAACCAGAGCGAGUACGAGGACGCGGCCGGCGAGUGCUGCACCUGCCCGAAGACGGACUCUCAGAUCCUGAAGGAGCUGGAGGAGUCCUCGUUCAGGAAGACGUUCGAGGAUUACCUGCACAACGUGGUUUUCGUCCCCAGAAAAACCUCUCCAGGCACUGGUGCUGAGGAUCCUAGGCCAUCUCGGAAACGCAGGUCUCUUGGCGAAAUCGGGAACGUGACAGUGGCCGCCGUGCCCACCGUCCCAAGUUUCCCCAACAUCUCCUCAACUAGCGUGCCCACGAGCCCAGAGGAGCAACGGCCCUUCGAGAAAGUGGUGAACAAGGAGUCACUGGUCAUCUCUGGCCUGCGGCACUUCACGGGCUAUCGCAUCGAGCUGCAAGCUUGCAACCAAGAUGCCCCCGAGGAACGGUGCAGCGUGGCAGCCUAUGUCAGCGCCAGGACCAUGCCUGAAGCCAAGGCUGAUGAUAUCGUAGGCCCUGUGACCCAUGAAAUCUUCGAGAACAACGUUGUUCACUUGAUGUGGCAGGAGCCAAAGGAACCCAACGGUCUGAUCGUGCUGUAUGAAGUGAGUUAUCGGCGAUAUGGAGAUGAGGAGCUGCAUCUCUGUGUGUCCCGCAAGCAUUACGCACUGGAGCGGGGCUGCAGGCUGCGCGGGCUGUCGCCGGGGAACUACAGCGUGCGAGUCCGGGCCACCUCCCUGGCGGGCAAUGGUUCCUGGACAGAAGCCACCCAUUUUUACGUGACGGACUAUUUAGACGUCCCAUCAAAUAUUGCAAAAAUUAUCAUCGGCCCUCUCAUCUUUGUAUUUCUCUUCAGUGUGGUGAUUGGCAGUAUUUACUUAUUCCUGAGAAAAAGGCAGCCAGAUGGGCCGCUGGGACCGCUGUACGCAUCUUCAAACCCUGAGUACCUCAGUGCCAGUGAUGUGUUUCCAUGUUCUGUGUACGUGCCGGACGAGUGGGAGGUGCCUCGAGAGAAGAUCACCCUCCUCCGGGAGCUGGGGCAGGGCUCCUUCGGCAUGGUGUAUGAGGGCAACGCCAGGGACAUCGUCAAGGGCGAGGCAGAGACCCGGGUGGCGGUGAAGACUGUCAAUGAGUCGGCCAGUCUCCGGGAGCGGAUCGAGUUCCUCAACGAGGCUUCGGUUAUGAAGGGUUUCACCUGCCAUCAUGUGGUCCGCCUCCUGGGGGUGGUGUCCAAGGGCCAGCCGACGCUGGUGGUGAUGGAGCUGAUGGCUCACGGGGACCUGAAGAGCUACCUCCGAUCUCUGCGGCCGGAGGCUGAGAAUAACCCGGGUCGCCCUCCCCCUACCCUGCAAGAGAUGAUUCAGAUGGCGGCAGAGAUCGCUGACGGGAUGGCCUACCUGAAUGCCAAGAAGUUUGUGCACCGGGACCUCGCAGCUAGAAACUGCAUGGUCGCUCACGAUUUCACUGUCAAAAUCGGAGACUUUGGAAUGACCAGAGACAUCUACGAAACGGAUUACUACCGGAAAGGGGGCAAGGGCCUGCUCCCCGUACGGUGGAUGGCACCAGAGUCCCUGAAGGAUGGGGUCUUUACCACUUCUUCCGACAUGUGGUCCUUUGGCGUGGUCCUUUGGGAAAUCACCAGCUUGGCAGAGCAGCCUUACCAAGGCCUGUCUAAUGAACAGGUGUUAAAAUUCGUCAUGGAUGGGGGAUAUCUGGAUCAACCCGAAAACUGCCCAGAUAGAGUCACCGACUUGAUGCGCAUGUGUUGGCAGUUCAACCCCAAGAUGCGGCCGACCUUCCUGGAGAUCGUCAACCUGCUCAAGGACGACCUGCACCCCAGCUUCCCAGAAGUUUCCUUCUUUCACAGCGAGGAGAACAAGGCUCCUGAGAGCGAGGAACUGGAGAUGGAGUUUGAGGACAUGGAAAGCGUACCCCUGGACCGGUCCUCACACUGUCAGAGGGAGGAGGCGGGGGGCCGGGAUGGAGGGUCCUCGCUGGGCCUCAAACGGAACUAUGAGGAGCACAUCCCCUACACCCACAUGAACGGGGGCAAGAAGAACGGGCGGAUUCUGACCCUGCCUCGGUCCAAUCCCUCCUAACAGUGCCUCCCGGGUGGGGAUGGGGUUCUCAUUGUCACUUUCCUCUGGUUUGAACGCCUCCGGAAAACUCAGGUUUCUCACGACUCUACCACGAAGUCAAACGGAGCUCAGAGAUGGUUCCUACCCACUUCUGCUCCUCUUAGGACUCCAAGACACCCUUGUCUGGUUGCCAGUUUGACUGGUCAGAGGAUUUAACUGUGAACCCAGAGGGGGCACGGUUUCCACGGCUGCUGCCCUUUGGGCAAGGACAGUUUGAAACCAGGAUGUCUUCUGUCUCUUUUUUCUUUUCUUUUUCCAGUAGAUCUAAAGAAAGCACUUGUUUUUACAAAGAUUUUUUUUGCUAGUGUCUGAGCUAUGGUAUAAAAGAUAAAACUUCUUGUUUGUGGAACAAAGGUUUGAAAGGAAAAAACAAAAACAGAAACAAAAACAGCACAAUCCUGGUUCCAGGAAAAAUUCCAAGCUUUGCAGGGUGGGCUUCAAGAAGGUUUUUUUGUUGUUGUUGUUUGUUUGUUUGUUUUUUGUCCUCAUCCAGGCCGAAGGAUUUUUUUUUCUUCUUCUUUACAAAGUCAGUUCCUCAAAUUGACCAAUAGCUGCUGCUUUCAUACUUUGGAUAAAGGGCCUGCAGUCUCGGCGUGUGCUCACUUGUGUAACGCACGUGUGUGUGUGUGUGUCCAGGUGAGACACGGCUGGUGUGUGUGCGCGCGCAAAGUGUUCCUGCUGGAUUGACGCGAUGGGAACUGGAUUAUGAAGGUUCUGUGCGCACAAACUCAGGUCCCUCUCUCUCCUUCCUUCUUAUCUAUGGGGAGACUGUGCCCUCAACAGGUUCUUCUUGCAUCAGAAGUCUACCCUCAGGUGUGUCCCCUCCCUUCAUGUUGGUGAAAAAAGAAAAAAACAAUGUUUUCUGGGAGCCAAGGGAGGAACAUUUAGUUUGGAGUGAUUGUGGAUCUUUUCAAGACCAAACAAAGCCAGGACAUUUUUUAAAAAAUGCAAAAAAGGAAAAGGAAAAAAAAUGAGUUUUGAGAAUAUAUUUGUAACACAUUUAAGUUUUAAACAAAAAAUCUCUGGCAUAAGCUUCAUAAGUUAUUGACUUUAUGCCCCGCUGGGGAGAGAGGAGUGGUCGUGAGUUGGUCCACCUGUGCUGGGGAGAAGGAAGGAUCAAGGCCCCAGCUGGCCUCUUUGUUUGGUCUUAAAGGCAUCCAUUUUCUGGGAAUUAAGCCACAUUAGCUGCUAACCCUUUUGGACAGUGCGAGGCCGCACUGAGCAUAUGAGAGACUGGGUUUUACGGAUGUUCUGGUUCGGAUUGCAAGGUCUGCUGUUCAGAUAAGCUGGGAGCUACCUAGAGCUGAGCCCGCCUUCCAGAACACCUGUGUUCAUCCUCUGGUUUUGUGUGUGUACCUCGGGUGGCAUUUCUUCUCCCAGGCAAAGACGUCCUACAGUCACUGCGCAAACACAACAAAAUCAGAUCCCAAAGAGCGACAGCACGGAUGGACUGUGAGAACAUUUAAGCAAUAUAAAAGGGAGAGGUGCUGAGAAUACCUCCUGGUCUCCUCCGCCCUUGGGGCCUCUGACUGUCUUCAGUACUGAACUCCCAGAAGCUGCUCUGGGCCCGGCGACCUCAGCCGGGCCAGGUGUGGUGCCUGAGCGGAACUCUCAGGUGAUGACGAUGUUGCCACCCCUCAGAGAGUCGAGUCCAGAGGAGAAACCAUUCAAGACCUUCACUCUACCGAGAACUUCCAAAUGGGCGUGAACCCGAGAUUUCUUCUCUUUGGCCAAAAAAACAACCACAGCUGCUCAAAUAAAGAACACGGUGAACUCAUCACUUUGGUUCAAUCAAAACCAUCACCCACGGGUUAUUCCUGAAUGCAUUUUCUCACAAGUUUUUGAUUGCUUCCUUCUUAAGAGUUGUGGACUUAAGAACGGGAUAGAGACAUGACGGCAACCUCCGAGUCCUCUCAAUUCUUGAUUAAGAACACAGGUAGACACAAAUCCCAAUUGUCUAUUGCUAUCUUAUUUAUAUGAUUUGAGAAAUUACCUGUCACAUAUUGCUGGGGAGCCUCCGUGAUUGCGUACAAGGAGCAAGAGUACAGAAAUUAUUUUUUGCCAAAUUUAUUUUGUAAAUAGGAAGGUCUGUACGUCAAUUUAGAAAAAAAAAAAAACCACCACAAAACACGUAGCUCUAGGUAUUUUUUGUUCUUUUCCUAGUAAAUUUGUAGUGGUUGUAGACUACACUAGCAACAAUUUUCACAUUUUUCUAAUUCAGAAAGGUUUUCUUAUUAUUAGGGGGAAAAGUAUUUAUUUUAAUAUAUAAAAUCACUCAAAAUCACUCUCGUAAAAAAUGGAGCGCAUGUACAUUUUUAUCAAAGAAAAAUAAACAGGUGAAUAUGGGGUAAUAUUUUUUUUCAGCACAGUCUACCUCAGUGUAUUGUUAGGAUAUGGUUCAAUAAUAGACAUCUUGGAGACUUCAGAAUUCCACCUGGAUCUGGUCCGAAUCAGGGAAAAUGUGUAUCAGCUGAUUCCGAAUGCCGGAGACCAGUAAGAAUUUUGAGGGAGGGAGUCGGGAUGGAGAAGGUGUGGCCUUCACCUGGGCAUAGAUCCUUUUUUUUUUUUUCCUGGCUGUUAAUAUUCUUCUCUGAAUUUAAUCUUCCUUUUUGGUUUUUUUUUUUUUUUUUAUUUAAAACCUCCAUCUGUUAAUAGCACAUUCCCCAAACAUAAACCACAUUUCAGGCCAUCGUGUUGUAUCUGAUAUAUGCGUGGUCUACUUUGCUUUCAUGAGGGGUGUGUGUCUCAUCUACGGCUGGGGCGAAGGCAGGCUUUGGUGCAAAGCCAGCUUUCCCACUUGUCCCACUGAAUCCCCCUGAAGUGAGCACGUAGGUGCCCUGGGCUCUCCGAUGGUCUGUUCCCACUCUUUUCAGGCCAAUGAUGCUCUUUGGGGGCUGAAUGGAUUGUGUUCAUGGGCAUGUCACACACAGGCACCUAAUGCAAUGUCUCCUUUUAUCCUCCAAGUGGGAACGGGGGGGCAUUUGGGGAAAUCCCAAUCCAAAACCCACUAAUGUGCUGAAUGCUUUUUUCAGCCACAAAACCUUGGCCCCCAGUGUUGGGGUUUGGUUGACCUCAAGCUAAGACUGUUUGACCUUGUGCAACUUUGAGAACCCAUGUGAACGUCUAGGCAGGGACGGCAAGGGCUGUUGUCAUCCUUGCCAAACCUUGCUGCUCUUGCUGUAUUUUUAGGCACUGCCCUUGCAGACUCAUCCUUCUCCACCUUCCCUGGAGAGAGGGGCAGAGUGCUGUGCCCACCCUGUGCAAAUGAGUUUCACCAAUUUUAUUUAACUGUCUCUACUGCCACCGUGAAACGAGCAAGCAGCCAUGGGGUCACAAACCUUCCUUGGCAUUAGAAAAUGUUGACUUUGUAACGGUAGAACUUUGGUCCUAGGAAGUCAUGGUUGUCCUGGAAGUUUGUAGCGAUGGGUUAUAAAAAAAUGCAACAAAACCAGCUUAGGGUGACACUUUUUUGUUGUUUGUGUUUGAAGAUGUGUCUCUCACUAUUAUUAUUAAAAAUCCAUUUUGUUAACAUGGUAAAAGCCAUGCAGUAGUUUCCUCCUCCAGGAAUAGAAUAGCAAGUGCAUCCCUUUCUCCCUAAUCAAUGAUAACAAAAGAUGUCCGGAAAUGUUCGUGUCCUGGGAGCUGUCCUAGGUGCUGUUCUGAAAUUUGAGGCUAGUUGGGGGAAGGACUGCUGGUUCUCUGGAUAUAGGCUGAGAAAAAAAAAAAAUUGAGAGAAAAUGCAGGGAUUGAGGCAAGGGUCUGCAUGUCCAUUCCUGUGACCGCUGUGGACUUUGUGGCCAACUGACGGACAGAUCUUCCACUGUCUCCCACCAGGGCAGACAGUUGACCAUGAGACAUGCUUAUCGGAUGGGGAAGUGUUUAUCUGUAGCCUGCUACAACACUAGUCAGCGGGCAGGAAUGCAAUCAAGGCAUGACCUGUGCUGAUCAUCUUGGGAAAUCAAUGCAGGUCCCAUCAUCCCAACAACAAUCUUUUUCCUACUUCAUGGUGGGUGGAAGUUUGGGGUUCAAUGUCCUUUGGAUGCCACCCGGUGAGUCCUUGACAUCUUGGGCUUUUUAGAAAUUGUGGUUUUGUUGGGGAUGGGGAAUAGGGAAUGCUGAUUUGAUAUAAAUGGUGCACGUAGAGUGAUGUCACUUCAGAAAAAUCUUCCAGAAUUAUUCUUCAGAAUAUUGAUUGACACCAGAACUGGGGUUGGAAAUGAAAAGAACAAAUCGGUACUUAUUUUCUUAGAGCACACAAAAGAAUAUGAUGGACUGUCAGGGGCUGAGAGUGAAGGUGAAUAUUUCCUUAGGGGGGCCCCAAGAAACAGAGGGCAAUGGUGGCUUUUUGAGCUGUCACCUCAAAAGGCAGUCAAGGUCCAUAACAAGCCUCCAACAAAAUUUUCAUCUGUGUGUGGGCCAUGAAAACCCUUGUUAAAAACCAGAUCUGGGGCGCUUGGUCCCAUUUGUGAAGGAAAGAAUAGUCCCCACACCCCCCAAAAAAUGAGUGUGCAUCUAUGCACACAUUCGGGAAUGGCUUGUUUAGUGUUUAUACUUUGGGUCAAAGUUGUUGCUCUUUGCCCCUUUGUGUGCCUGGGUGGCCCUGCCCUGCGUGGUAGCAGCGCAGGAUCAAAUGUGCCACAGCUUUUGCAGAAAACAACUCAGAAACACAAAAACCCACCAAAAGUUCGAUUAUUAUUUUUUCCAAUGUUUUCCUACAAGAGCCAAGUAGCACCAUGUACAGAAUAUGCCUUUUUUUUUUUUUUUGGAAUAUUGAAAUUAUUCUGCAUGUAAAAUAUGGGAUAAUUACCUGUUUAUAUUAAAAUUCUGAUUAAAUUAAA